AAAGAACAGCAUUUCCAACCGCGGGAAUUUCAAGAUGGCGACUCACUUGUCUGCUGUGGUUUCGUGCUUAGACGUCGAAGAACGAAACCCAUUUUGAGUAAAAAUUGACGUCAUGAUUGUUGCAAGUUUCUUUUAAAAGUUGGACUUUUCCACACCAAUUAUUUUGGUUUCGUUAGAAAAUGAAUUCUAGUGACAACAAGGAGUUCAGAAGACUCCAGAAGGCCAAACUAAAGGCCCAAGCUAGUGGGAAACUGAAAGAGGAGGCAGAACUCUGCAAUGUCUUGGGAGAACUUCUGUCCCGAUAUGGUGAAUACGAGGAAGCCAUCAAAGAGCACCAACAGGAACUGCGGCUCUCGGAUUCCCUGCAGGAUGUCAUCGGCGCGGCCGUCGCCAACCGCAAAAUCGGUGAAUGCUACAGCCAGCUCGGCCACUUCAAGAAAGCCCUCCGCCAUCAAGGGCGCCACCUAGAGUUGGCUCGCGCCGUGGAGAGCCAUGUGGAGGAACAGCGAGCGCGGGCGACUAUCGGACGGACAUUCCUGUUCCAGGGGGAGAGCAUGAGACAGGAUAAUCCCGAUGAGGCCGUCCACGCAUUGCAGAAAGCCCGAGAUUCAUUCCUCAAGAGUCUGGAAGUGUGCGGUCUCUUGAAGGGCAUGGUCUCGGACAAAGAGCUGAUGGAGAUGAAGGCCAGGCUAUAUCUGAAUAUUGGUCUGGUCUAUGACUAUCAGGGGGACAAUGCAAACUCAGCCAAGUUCAUCAAACAGGCGAUCUUCAUUGCCGAGAAGCACCAACUUCUAGAAGACCUGUACAGGAGUCAUUGUUCCCAGGGAGAUAUCUACCUAAGGACGGGGGAAGGUACCAAGGCUUUGCGGUCCUUUGAGAACGCCAUGAAGGUUGCCAAGCGACUGAAGGAUAAGAGUCUGGAGAGCGAUGCAUUGUCCUCCUCGGCAAAUGUGUUCAUUCAGUUGGGAGAUUUCCACGCUGCCAAGAGGGCUCUCAAGAAAGCCUACAAACUGGGCUCCCAGAAACCGGAGGAUAAAGAACUGGUCAUCAGAACCCUCAAAGCAGCGAUCCGUGGUUGUCGUCUGCAAGAAGAACUUGAGGAAGUGGGAGACGUAGCCUACAGGGAGAGACUUCCGUUGUACGAGUCGCUCGGUGACCUCUGCUCAAAGGUCAGUGCCUUUGCCAGGGCUGCCGUCUACUACCAGAAACAGCUGUCUUGCGCCCUGGCCCUGAAGUGCAGCACCAAAGAACUGGCACCCAUCUAUGUGUCACUGGCGACCACUUACGCGGAUGACGGUCGGCAUGGCAAGGCCAUUGAGAUGUACCGCAAGGAGUUGGAGCUGAGAAAAGGUCACCCAAAGGAGGAGGGCAAGACGUGGCUAAACAUCGCUGAUUAUCAAGAGAGAUCCAAGGAGCCGUUUGAGACCAUCAAUCAAUCCUACAAGACAGCCCUGGAGUUUGCCAAGAAGGCUCAACAUCCCAAGCUACAACUUUUGGCGCUGAAAUCCAUGGGCCUCCUCCAGCAAAAGCACAAGCAGGAGCUUCUGUACGGGAGCACGGUGGAGAAGAUCCACCAUCUCAAGGAGCAGCAUGACAUCGCAUCGGAGGAUGAGGAUGAGAUAAGUGACGAGGAAGGAGAUGGAGAGGAGGAGGGGGAGGGGCUUAGUGAAUCCUGGGAGGUGGAUGAGUUAGAACUCUCCGAGUCAGAUGAGUCAGAGGUUGAGGAGGAAUAUGACAGAUCUUCAGCUGCCCAAAGAGCCAGAAAAACCAAGUUUGCUAAAAGGAAUGAGAAGGGAGAGACAUUGCUGCACAGAGCCUGCAUCGACGGAAACGUCAGACAAGUCAAGAAAUUACUGCAACAGGGUCACCCAGUCAACCCACGUGACUACUGCGGAUGGAUCCCGCUCCAUGAGGCCUGUAACUUUGGCCACGUGGACAUCGUGGAAGCGCUGAUUGACCACGGUGCUGACAUCAAUGACCGGGGAGGGGACGGCUGCAGCGGGAUCACGCCCCUCCACGACGCCAUCAAUGGGGGCAACUUUGAGGUGGCGGAGCUACUGGUGGCGAAGGGAGCCAACAUUCAUGCCAAAGAUGACAAGGGUAUGAAUGCAGCCAACACUCUAUCACAGUGGAUGGAAACGUACGCCAGUGAUCUUGAUCAGGCUACCAGGCAAGACGCAGAGCGAAUGGCCACGACGUUGCAGCAAGCCACGAGAAAAGGAAACCCCAAAUCCUCGCAGCCAAGACCGAGACCAGCCUUGGAUAACACCGACCUGUUUGAUAGGGAUGAUGGACCCAGUCAGGUUGCUGCCUCACGUCCCCACCAACUAGCAGGAACCAGUGGCAGUUUCAACAGUUUCGAGACUGGUUCCGGAAGGAAUACUGCAUCUGCCAGAGACAGCCGGAGGUCUCUUGAUGGGAGAGGUCCUACCCCCUCAAGAAGCAGACAAAGAACAUCUCUGCUUAGGAGGAAUGUAGGGAGGAUCAGUAGAUAUGAUGUGGAGGAUGAUGGAGAUUGCUUUGAGACGCUUGCAGGCGCCGAGCGAGAAGAGGACUCUGAUGAGGCUAUGGAGAUAUCUCAGGAUGCAAUGCCUGUCAUGACAUCACACUCCCGGGCCCGAGGGAUGCCAGGGCAGCAUCAAACAUCUACUAGGACAGGGGAGGCAUCCGAUAUCAAAGUUGGCAGGGAUGCCACUCAUGUGACAAACUCAGGAAACGACACUGUAAGAAGUAAACAUGGUGACCAUGUAUCAGAUGAGGAUUCUUAUGAUAUUGAAGAUGAUGACGUCAACAUCUGCCCUUUGCAAAACAAUCGUAGUGCGCCAGAAGUAGAUGUGGCAGAUGCCCGGCACGCAUACAUGAGUGCGAUGUCUAGCAUCGGUAGUGCAGCAACAAGAAUUUCUCAUUGCCCAGCGGCAGCAAACUUGUCCAAAUCGAAACCCGCCAACGACGGGCCAGCUUUGAUACCAGAGGAGGAAUACACCGGAGGCGAUGAUUGGCUGGUCCAGGACGUCACGACCCAACCCAGCAAGCGCAAACGUAUGGACGUGGACUACAUGUUCAGGAAAGCUGACGCCUCCCUCCCAGGUACAUCCUCGCCAGGUCCUAGCACAAGUCAGUUGAGGGCCUCCCAGAAGCCCUCGUCGCUGAGUCGCAGGUCCAAGAGAUCAAGGCAACUGAAGUUGACCAACAUGGGAACUGCUGUGGUGUCCAGGCAUUCCAGAGAGGAGAGACGGGUACCCUCACCUCUCCUAGAGGAGGAAGAUAGUAGACCUGAUUCAGAAAUGGAAUUCAGUCAAAUGCAGGAUCUGGACGAGGCAAGAUCAACUUCCAGACACCCAGAACCUUCCCAGGACCCCACUCCAAGAGGAGACAACUGUCCGACGAUAGACCAGCAUCCUCCCACAGCAGGAGCAGUCAUGAGGGUCCGAGUCAAGAUACAGGAUAAGACGUUCCUGAUUCCGGUCAGAGAAGUCAGAGAUAUGAGUUGGUUGUGCGAGGAAGCCUCCAAGCGAUACUUCACCUCCUGCGGCCUGCGACCCAAGCUGGUCCUAUGCACAGGGGAAGGGGCCAUGUUCUCACCCGAAGACAGCAUCACAGACCUACUGAAUAAUAAUGAGGAGGUGAUUGGUAAGGUGGAGUCCUGGGAUCUCCCUCCACUCACAGAGCGGUACAAACGGGCCUGCCAAACUGCUAAAACUGGUGAGCAUCCCAAGAUCCGCGGCUGCCUUCAACUCACCCAGUCCACCCCAGGCAUCCUGGACCUAUCCAACGCUGCCCUCUCCCCUACCCAUCUCACCCCGCUCUUCCUAGCCCUCCAGUGCCAGUACUCGCUGCGCAAGCUCCUGCUGCCCGGCAACCGCUUCGCCGACUCCGCCGUGCCCCCGCUGGUCGCCGCGUUGGAGAGCCUGCCCAACCUGGCUGUGCUGGAUCUGAGCUGCAACGGGAUCAGCCCCGAGGGAUUAAAGCUAAUCCAGGAGGGAUUAAGUCAACGGUCUGGAGGGAUGGAGGCUUUGCAAGGAUUGGGUAAUCCCAAACCACUACAGCUUCUGGAGAUGCUAAAUCUGAGCUACAAUCCACUGACGGAUGCCAGCGCCCCCUACCUCGCAGCCCUCAUCAGCCACUGCAGCCUAUUGGCCGAGCUGUCCCUGACCUCAUGUGACCUGACAGCUAAGCUCUUCCAGCUGCACCGACGAGCGUUGACUGAGGCUUUCCAGGGGUCAAGUAACCUGCGCACACUCCGCGUCUCCCACAAUGCACUGGGCUCGACGGGAGUGGAGCUUUUCCUGCGCUGCUUGACCCCUGACCUCGUCUCGUCUCUGGAUCUUUCCUGUGUCAUCUCCUCAGCCGUAGGCAGCAAUCUUACCAAGCAUCUGUCAUCUUACUUGUCACAGCCUGAUUGUUCACUGAAGGAUCUUCAUCUGUCGGGCUGUCAUCUUAGUGACAAUGACAUCCUGGACAUGACAAGGUGUUUGUCAGUCAGAAACCCCCUAGCCUCCCUCGACCUCUCAGCCAACCCACACCUCACCGAAGUCAGCAUCUGUCCCCUCCUCCAAACCAUCGCCAACUCGUCAUCAUCGCCCGCCCCGCUGGAGUCCCUCGACCUCUCAGGCUGCGGGUUCCAGACGCCCCUCUCCACCGACUUUCUGGCCAGGCUGUCCCUCCACCUGGUCAAGGACAGUCACAAGAGGGCGGGCUUGAAGAGACUACGGAUGUGUGGGAACCAGCUGAGUAAGACGGAUUUCGAGUUACUGAUCGCAGUGUGGGAGGACGCUCACGGGGACGCUGCUAUGCACAAUGUGGAUUCCGUUCGCUGUGAAUUUGACGUCCGAGAAUAGCUUGUCCUCCAGUCAGUUCCUCAAAGUUUGCAUACCCUAUUGGCUCUGUGCGCCAACAAAGAGGGCGCUUUUGAGAGCUGUGGAUGGGACACACAGCGUGUGUCUACUGUACUGUACUGGUUCGCGUGCAAAGUAUGCACGACUACCUGAAUGUGUCACAGCGUCUCCACGAGAGCGUCAGGCGUCGUGCGAAUACGUUCGAAUUUAACUUGCAAUGGUCUCCUAGACUAAUCCCUGCCCCCAAUAACUUUGGAUCAUUCGAAAUAUGCAGUGGAUGGACCAGGAACCAGUCUAGGUCUCCCCAAACUCUCCUUUUCCGGCGUUGAAGGGGUACUUGUGCACAACGCCCAUUGUAAUAAUUAUUUACUUCAUCUUGCUUAAAGACACGUAGAAACAUUGGUAAUUACUCGGUUAUGGGGAGUCAGGUUAGCAUAAGCGGUACUUUCCUCGCCUUCCACUGCUGUGACCCGGGUUCGAAUCCCACCCUGGUCUACAUGUGGAUUGGGUUUUCAGUCCCUACCUGAUUAUGUGGGUUCCCCCAGAAUAUUCUUCUGGGCU